AAAAUUAAAAACAUUAUCCUUUUUUAUAUUAAAAUAAAAAUAGUAAUGUUAGAGUUCAACUAGUGUUUAAUCAUAUUCCAAGUUUUAUCAUGUAAUUAUGAAAAUAUGGAUUACUUGUUGAUCAAGUUAGCGCACAAGAAAUCAUCUCUUUUAUAUUAAAAUCAAUUUUAUACAAAGAUUUAUCAAAACCAGAUGCUUGGCGCAUUAAAUGAUUGAUCCAAAAGAUAAUGCUUACCUCUGGAUUGUAAUUGUUGGAUUUAUAAUUGCUUUCAUACUUGCAUUUGGAAUUGGUGCAAAUGAUGUUGCUAAUUCUUUUGGAACAUCAGUUGGAUCUAAAGUUUUGACAUUACUUCAGGCCUGUAUUGUUGCCAGUAUAUUUGAAUUAGCUGGUGCAAUUUUGAUAGGUUCAAAAGUGACAGAUACAAUACGCAAAGGUAUAAUAAAGAUAGAUUCUUUUAAUGGAACAGAACAACUUGCAAUGGCUGGAGCGCUAAGUGCACUGACUGGGACUAGUGUAUGGCUACUUAUUGCAACAUUUCUUAAUUUGCCAGUAUCAGGAACUCACAGUAUUGUUGGAGCUACAAUUGGGUACGCUUUGGUGGCUCUUGGUAAAUCAGGAAUUAUAUGGAUAGAGUUAGGAAAAAUAGCUGCAUCUUGGGUAAUAUCUCCACUUCUUUCUGGCAUUAUUUCAAGUCUUAUAUUUACUGGGAUUGAUAAGUUUAUUCUUAAGAGUGCUGAUCCGUUGAUAAGUGGCUUGUUUUCUCUACCAUUUAUGUUAGGAGCAACAUUACUAAUUAAUCUCUUUUCAAUAGUAUACAGCAAUUCUGAUGCUUUUGGAUUAAAAAUGUUUUGCUGGUGGCAUAUUCUUCUAAUGUGCCUAGGAGUUGCAUUACUAUGUGCUAUUUUGGUGAGAGUGUUUUUCAAUCCAUGGUUAAAACGGAAAAUAAUUUCAGCUGAUGAAGCUAAAGCAUCAUAUCAAUUUACAAAUACUAAAGAAAAAGUUUUGUUUGACAAUUCUGGUGUUGAACUGACAUUUGCUGGUAGUAAAGAACGAUCUCAUUCCACACGUUCAGUUGUUAGUUAUGUUGCUGAUAUAAUGGUUCAGCCCAAGGAAACAGAACAAUUGAAUCAUGAUGAUCCAUGUUCUGCACAGCUGUUUAAGUAUCUUCAAAUUUUAACAGCCACAUUUGGUUCCUUUGCACAUGGUGGAAAUGAUGUUAGCAAUGCGAUUGGUCCUCUUAUAUCUUUAUGGUUAAUUUAUGAAACUGGAAAAGUUUCGGGAAAAGCACAAACGCCUAUUUGGAUUCUACUUUUUGGAGGUGUGGGUAUUGUUAUUGGUCUAUGUGUAUGGGGUAGACGUGUAAUUAAAACAAUUGGUGAAAAUCUGACGCCAAUUACUCCAUCGAGCGGCUUUGCAAUAGAGAUAGGGUCAGCUCUAACGGUGCUUCUUGCAUCAAAUCUUGGUAUUCCUAUCUCUACCACACAUUGUAAAGUUGGCUCGAUUGUUAUGGUCGGUCGCGUCAGGUCUAGAGAAGUUGUUGAUUGGUCAUUGUUUGGAGGUAUUGUUAUUUCCUGGAUAGUAACAAUGCCAAUAACAGGCGGAAUUUCUGCUGGAGUUUUUGCAAUAGUUCGUGCUGCAAUAAAAUAAAAUUGAAAAAUAUUUUACAUACUAUUAUUUUUAUAUUUUUGCACUAUUUAACGGAGAACGAUUAAUGGUGGACGGUUAUUUAGCGUGUAUACAUACCUGUACAUUUUUUACUAUAAGCAAAAUGCCAAAAUAAACUUA